GUGGAAUGUCAAAAAACGUACACAAUACAACAUAAAAAUGGACUUCGAAUUUGAAGUAAAUAAAGACAAUAAGUUGGAAACUGUUAGUACAUUUUCCAAAAUAACUUUCAUGUGGGUUAUACCAUAUUUCAUAAAGGGUUGGAAAAGCCGAAUAACCUUAACUGACCUAUUUAAAAAUUCAGAUGAAAAUUGUGCUAAACGACUUGCGGAUAAAUUUGAAUCAUAUUGGAAUGAUGAACUUUCCAGAGCCAAAGAACUUAAUUCCCGUCCAAAAUUAAUAAAACCACUGAAAAAAAUGUUCCUUAAAAAAUUUAUUCUUUAUGCAUGUUAUACAUGUUGUGAUGUUCUGGUUUUUAGAUGCCUUGCUUCUAUAUCUCUCUCCAUUUUAAUUAAAUUGUUCUCAGCGGAUAAUAUUGACAAGCACGCCGAGCAAUACAUUGUUGGAUCAAUUUAUUGCCUUUGUGCAUUAAUAUAUGUGAUAUUCAACGAAUUGUCAACAUAUAAACUGACUCUUCUUGCCAUUAGAACACGAGUUGUCGUUUCAUCCCUGAUAUAUAGAAAGAUGCUUAGACUUAAUCAAAAGUCUUUAGGGCACAUUUCAGCAGGAAAAAUUGCAAACAUACUGUCCAACGAUGUAAAUAGAAUAGAAAUGGCCAUAUUAUCCGGGUUUUAUGUUAUAAUAUCUCCAAUUAGUUUAAUCAUUUUAACUUACUUAACCUGGGAUGAAGUUGGAGUCGCAGCUCUAUCUGGAAUAUCUUUUGUUAUUCUAGCUAUUUUACCAACUCAAGGUUAGUGAUGUUAUUCAUCGUGUUAAGCAUUAAUUCGCCUUUGUUUAUUAGUAUUCAUCGGCAAAGUGGCAGCAAAUAUUCGAGGCAAAGUUGCAUUGAAAUCAGAUUCGAGAACAAAGCUGAUGAAUGAAAUGGUUUCUGGAAUAAAAGUGAUAAAAAUGUAUGCUUGGGAAAAACCAUUUAAAAUGUUAGUAAAGUUAGUUAGAGCUGAUGAAAUGAAUUAUGUAUACAAAUCGUACAUGCUUCGAAGUUUCUCCUAUAACACUCAGGCCCUUGUACAAAAAAUUACUAUGUUUCUAACACUAAUAACCGUUUACUUUAUGCACAACACUUUGACGGCUUCCUCAGCGUUUACUUUACUGCAGUAUUUUAAUUUGUUGAGAUAUUCCGUCGGAAUAUUGCUUCCAUCUGCCAUAAUUGUCAUAGCAGAACUAAAGACUGCCAUAGAAAGAAUAGAGGAAUUUUUGCUAGAGGAAGAAGUUGAAAAUUACCUCGAUGAGACUUGGUUUGACUCGGAAAUACUUUUGGAAAAUGUUCAAGCAUCUUGGUCACCCAGUUCUAUAAACAUAAGGAUACCUGAAUUCGAAGUGCUAAGCGGUCGACUGUGUGCAGUUGUAGGACCUGUAGGUUCGGGAAAAUCAUCACUAUUUCAAAUAAUUUUGGGGGAACUGAAACCAUUCACGGGGAGAGUGAGAUUAAAUUAUAAUAUUUCAUACUGCUCUCAAGAGUCCUGGCUAUUUAGCUCAUCCAUAAGAAACAACAUAUUAUUCGGACAGGACUAUGAUCCAAAAAAAUAUAAAAACGUCAUAAAAAUGUGCAGCCUCGACAAGGAUUUACAGUUGUUACCUAGUGGAGAUCAGUGUUUGGUCGGAGAAAAGGGUGUUAUGUUGAGUGGUGGGCAAAGAGCCAGAAUCAACUUGGCAAGAGCAUUAUACAAAGACGCAGCUAUUUAUUUACUUGAUGAUCCUUUGUCAGCGGUUGAUGCUCACGUUGGCAGACAUUUAUUUGAUGAAUGUGUCUUGAAAUAUCUGGAAAACAAAACAAGAAUCCUCAUUACUCAUCAAUUACAGUACCUGAAAGAGGCAGACGUUAUAUUUGUUAUGAGAGAUGGCAAAAUUGAGGCGUCAGGUACAUUUGAAGAGCUGAAGGACAGUGACAUUGGUUUUGAGAACAUCCUGUCCGAAAUGGACAAAGAACAAGAAAUCCGAAAGAGUGAAGAAUAUAUGUCUAGUUGCACAUCAAGACGAUUGUCAAAUGUAGAUAUGCCAACAGAAGAGAUUCCACAAAAUAUAAAACCUUUCAAGGAAUAUAUUAAGGCUGGUGGAAGUUUAUUUUUUAUUACAUAUUUUUUUACUGUUACACUUGUAUGUCAGGUGUUUUAUAGUUUGGCUGAUUUUUGGCUUGUUGUAUGGACAAAGGAUGAAGUGAAUAGAAAUAUUACAAAAAUAGAAUUUGCAAAUAUGACGGAAGCAAUUCCAAAAUAUGUUUACGAAAUAUUUGUUACAAAAUCCAUAACCGCCACUGACUUAAAUCUAAUUACUUAUAGUACCAUAAUCGUGUUGGCUAUAUUAUUUUCAGCCCUACGAAUGUUUUCAACUGGAAGAUUCAUUUGGAAAGCUUCUACUAAUUUACACAGUAAAAUGUUUAAUUCAUUGUUAAAAGCUCCAAUAAUAUUUUUUAACACACAUCCAAGUGGUCAAAUAUUGAAUAGAUUUUCCAAAGAUAUUGGAGUAACUGAUCAAUUGUUGCCUGUGUCACUACUUGAAUCUAGUCAGUUAUUGUUGAUUUCUUUAGGUGGCCUAAUUCUCAUAUCUUUCUCAAGUUAUUACUUAUUCAUUUAUGUUGGAACGUUCGUUAUAUUACUCUAUGUGUUGUUCUUGUUGUUCAGUAAAGUGUCGUCACAAGUAAAGCAUUUAGAAGGCAUAACCAAAUCACCUGUUUUCACACAUGUAAAUCAUUCACUUAUGGGUAUUACCACAAUAAGAGCAAAUAAAUCAGAAAAGUUACUGAUAAAACAAUUUGAUACACAUCAGGAUGUCCACACUUCUGCAGAUUUUUUAUUCACUGCUUGUUCAACAGCUUAUUCGGUAUGGAUCAACAAGUUGUGUGUUUUAUUAAAUAUAUGUGUUACCUUUUACUUUAUAAUAAGAAAUCAUGCUGGUUUUCCUGUUGAUGAAUCAUUUGUUGGACUAGCAUUAUCCCAGACUUUAGCAUUCAACGUGUUGUUACAAUAUGCCAUACAUCGUUCCUCAGAAGUGGUAAAUCAGAUGACGUCAGUGGAACGAAUUCUUGCCUAUACCAAGUUGGAAAAGGAGCCAAUGCAUAAUCCCAAAGGUGUUGAACUCAAGCAAACAUGGCCUUGUUACGGACGUAUUGAGUUCGUGAACGUUUAUCUCAGUUACAAAUAUGAUGAAGAACCCGUAUUGAAAAAUUUAAAUUUCGUCAUUGCUCCAAACCAGAAAAUAGGAGUAGUGGGCAGAACGGGAGCUGGGAAAUCUUCCCUCAUAAAUGCAUUAUUUCGUCUGUUUGAGUUUCAAGGUGCCAUUAUAAUAGACAACGUAAAUAUAGGUGGAAUUGGUUUAUCAAGUUUAAGAAAGAAAAUCUCAAUAAUUCCGCAAGAACCGGUGUUAUUUUCAAACACCGUAAGAUACAAUCUGGAUCCUUUUAACGAAUACAAAGAUGAUGAAAUAUGGAAUGCCAUAAUAGAAGUGGAAAUGAGAGAUGCAAUUGAAAGUUUAGAUUACGAAAUAACUGAGGGUGGUGCAAACUUCAGUGUGGGUCAAAGGCAAUUGUUGUGUUUGGCAAGAGCUAUUUUAAGAAAAAAUAAAAUACUCGUUUUGGAUGAAGCAACUGCAAAUGUGGACUUGGAGACGGACGAGCUCAUUCAAACGACUCUGCGAAAUAAAUUUUACUCCUGCACUGUUCUAUCGAUAGCUCAUCGCCUUCAGUCCAUUAUGGAUGCGGACAAAGUGAUGGUGAUGCACGAAGGACGAUUGGUGGAAUUUGAUCACCCGUAUUUAUUAUUAAAGGAUGAUAAGAGCAUGUUUUACGAUUUAGUUUCCGAAACCGGAAAAGAAUCUAUGAAACAAUUAAAACAGAUAUGUUAUAAUAAUUAUCACGCAAAGCCGUCUUUCUAAAUUUAAGAAAGCAUCUUAUAUAAUUAAUUAAUUGCCUUUAUAAAUUAUACAAUGUAUUGUUUUUAAGCUGUAUUUUAAUUAAUCGUUUUGUUUUAUUGGCUACGUUUUUAAAUAAAAAUAAAAUGUAUUCUG